UUAGUCUGUUUUUUAUUCUUGGCCAGCAUGGAGCUGCUGCCUUCUCGCGGUCUCCGUCGUUGUUGUGGUUGUCGUUGCGGUUGCCGGUUUGUCGUUUACUAAAGUGAGAGAGAGAGAGAGAGCUGCCUGCCUGUCUGUCUGUCUGUCUGUCCGUCGAUCGGUCGUUGUUGUAUGGUUGUUCUUUUUGGGGCUCGUUGUCGUUGUCGCAAUCGCAGCCGUUUUUAGACCUACGCCGUCAACGUCGCACGUCGCGUCGUCGUUUUGUCAUUUUUGAAUCCGAUUGUUGUUGAUUUUGCUCGUAUGCUUUGUUGUUGUUUUAUUAUUUGGUGCUGCUUUGCGUGCUCGUGUGCGUGUGCGUGUGCGUGAGUGUAUUCUGUGCCUUGCAUAAAAGGCCGAACCGAACAGAGCGAUCGCCUCGCAUAUUUGUUGUUUAUUUAAUUGUGACGUCAGAUCCGCAGCAGAACAAGUCGAGAAACCAAAAGAGAUCUCUCCUGCGGUCCAACAACAACAAUGCCCACAUCUCCGAUCCCCAAACUGGCGCUGUUGCUGGUGUGCUUGGCCGCACAGCACUCCCUUUCGGCGGAGACCCCCACCGUGACGCAUCCGUGUGCGUACGCGGAUACCGUGAACAUCACGGACGGACUCCGGCUGAAGGAUGGCUCCUACUCGUACGCCGGAGUCGUCGUUCCGCCGGAACUGAUGGCCGAGUACAGCUUCAAGGUGAUCGACGGCGUCGAGUACCGCGCCCCCAAGCACCUGAGGGGCUGCGUCUGCCUCCUGAAGCCCUGCAUCAGCUUCUGCUGUCCGCGGGGACUGGUGUUCGACGCCAAGGGCUGGAACUGCACGGCGCCGCACCAGGAGCGGCAGAUCACCCACGUGGAGCUGACCUACGACAACCGGACGGUGGAUCAGGUGCGCAUCGGCGAUCGAUUUGUGGUGCGCACGGAGCUCGGGUGCCGCAACAAGUUCGUGGACAAGAAGCACGAGACCUUCUGGCAGUGGGACCUCUUCGAGAACGGAUCUCUGCUGCGCGACUCCCGCCUGUGGAGCACCGACGAGUACUGCUUCAGUCCGCUGCAGCACAAGGCCGAGGAAUGGGAGUUGACGCCAUUGAGCUGCGAGCGCUUUCAGACGGGCUAUCGGGUGUGGAUCUAUGCGAUAUGCAGCAUCAUUGCCAUUUUGAUCAACAUAUUUAUACUGUCGCUGCUGGGCUCCGUGCGCGAUGCCCGGAAGAGUCACUACGGACAGGUGAUCAUCUACUAUCUGCUCGCGAUGAUCGUCGGUUACUCGCUGCUCGUCUACCUGGCCCUCAAGAACCCCAUGAAGCUCUCCCAUUCGGCCUGCAGGAACAUCGGUUUGCUGGCCUACUUCUGCAUCAUGCUGUCCUUUGUCUUUCUGGCGAUUUGUAGCUUCGAUUUCCUGCAAAAGUUCCGCUUGAAGCCCUGCAAGAACUGGCUUCGCAGGUUGUCCUACUUUCUGGCUGUGGUUCUGGUUGUGGGCCUGCGUUUUGUGCUAUCCUUUGCCCAGGACUCGAGCCUGCCCAAGCACUUUAAGCCGGGUAUUGGCGAGGACUAUUGCUGGUUCGAUGUGCGCCUUUGGGGCAUUCUCGUCUACUAUUAUGCACCCAUUGUCCUGCUGCUGGUCUUCAGUAUCGUCUGCUGCCUCAAGGCCUACUUUUCCAUCUACGAACUGCCUCCAGACACUCAAUACAUACUGGGAACACAGCUGCGCAUCGUCAAGACCCAUUUCUAUGCGUUUUGUGCCUAUUUGGUGGGCGUCUUUGCCGUCUGGCUGCGUGAGGUCGUGGUCUACAUCAUGGCUCGUGUGCGAGAGCAUUUCUUCAUCAUUGACUUCUGGAGUGGCAUUUGUAUCCUGGGCCUGGCCAUCGCUGGCUUCAUUCUGCUCCUGGGCAAGAACAUGCAUGUCAAGUCCUGGUGGGCCAUCAAUGUGGAGUCCAGUCAGACCGAUUUGAGUGUCAUAAAUGCACGGGUCUACAAUUUCAACGAAAAGGGUGAUCUCAAGUCUUCAGAUUCUCCCUAUCAGCCAACGGUGACAUCAUUGUAGACGACUCUGAGAGACUGAGAGAGAGAUUGAAUGAUUGCUCAUCUGCGUAUGAACUCUGUCUGGUGUUCGCUACGCUUCUGAUUCAUUUAGGUGCCACACCACACCACACACCACAAACACACCGUCACAAACAAAUGUGUGAAUAUCUAUCGUAUCGUACGUACAUUUCUAGGAAUUAAGCAAUUACCUUGCUCUAUUAACUUAAGGCUUUUGUUGAAUAAACUCGAAAUUCUGUAAUAUA